UCCGUUGAUCAACAGGAACUGAUACAUGUAAUAGUAAAAGAAGGCGGAAAACGAAAAGAAAAGAAGUAUUUCAUUCAUCAGUUUCAAAGGUACAUUCAUAUAGACAGGAUGUAGUUUGAAACUUGGCAUUGGUUUGGCUAGAGUGCUGUUAAAGGGCAGUACUGUAGCCAUUGAAGUAGACAAUUGUUAAGAAAUUAUAACUUCUAGAGGAAUCAACAUGAGUCAGUUAUCAUUAGAAGAGUCAAACUUUCUCAAAUUUUACUACCUUAAUUUGAAAGUUGCUUCAAAGGCUGUCAGGGUAUAUUUUGAUUCUGUUCAUCCACCAUCUGGACUUGCAGGAGAGCUUGGAAAGAGUUCUACUUCAGUAACCUUGAAAGGACUUCGGUUUAUAACGAAACUACAACUGCAAACAUUAUACCCUAUUACUGGAAGUACUGUCAGAUCAGAACACUUUGAUACAACACUGAUAGUUUGCCUUUUACGUAACAUGACACCAUGUGAGUGUGCCCCUAUAACAGGAUUUGAUAACUUACCACACCCAGGUGAUACCAGUACAGGAGCAGACCUCGCCAGAGUUAAAUGGUACCGAAACAAGCUAGCACAUAGCGAGGUUGGGAAAUUGUCUCCAGCAGAUUUCAAUCAGUACUGGGGAGAUCUUGAAGGUGCUAUUGAACGUCUUGGAGGAAAAACACUGCUGAAGGAAGCUCAGUCUGCACAACAUAUUGUUUUAGACCAAUCACUAAUACAGAUGUUAAACAAGUUAAGAAUUUGUGUGAAUAAUGUUGCAGAACAUACAGAAAAGAUAGAUAAUCUUCAGAUGGACAUUGAUAAUCAAAAGACCAUUAAAGAAGAACAUGAAAAUAAAAUUCAGCGACUUAAUGAUUCUCUACAGCAAGGAGAAGGUGAGGCACAGAAACUUGCUUCUGAACUUUCUGAUCACAAAGGAACUAUAGACAAAUGUCAAGAGGAGAUUGAAGCAUGUUUGAAAGAAAUAGAGAAGAUGGGCCAUCUAAUGAAAGGGGUACAAGCAAAAGCAUUGGACAGACAGAACAAAGUUGAUGAAUUGACACAGCAUUUAGUUGGACUAGAUUGCAAACAUGAUAAAAAGUCUAAGGAAUUUGAUGAACAGAUGGCAAUACAAGGUAAACAGAUGGCAAAACAUGAUGGACAUUUGGCAAAACAUGAUGAACAGAUGACAAUACAUGGUGAACAGUUGGCAAAACUUGAAGGACAGUUGGCACAAGGACAAUAUAUGGCAAAACAUAAUGGACAGUUGGCAAAACAAGGAGAAAAGAUGGCAAUACAUGAUGAACAGUUGGCAAAACAUGAUGAACAGAUGACAAAACAAGAUAAACAGAUGGUAAAUCAAGGUGAACUGUUGGCAAAACAUGAUGGUCAGUUGGCAAACCAUGAUGAACAGAUGAAGAAGUGA